GCCCCCCUCCCGUCCAGAUGUCCUUCUCUUGGUGAGCUCCCAGAUGCCCCCCCCCCUCUGUACGCCGCUUUCACCACCGUGUUGUUCUCUCCCCUGGAUUAAAGCCCUCCUCAUUAACAAUCCCCCCCCCCCCCCCUCCCCUCCCCUCCCCUCCCCUCCCCUCGCCGGCCGCCUCCUCUCCGCCGGCACACUCCGCGCUGCGCUCCGAUUGGCCAGCUGCCUCAGGACUGCUGCUUGUUGCAGGAAAAUGCAGCGACGAGGUUGGCUCCGCUUCGUCGGGGGCGACCAUUCAGCAAAGCCCUGUUUGAGCGGCUCAGGCGAAAAAUAAAAACGCAGGUUUAGGGAGGAGAGGAGAGAGCCUGGAGAAAGACGAAUAUUGUUUCCCAAAAAAAGAAAGGAGGAAAGAGAAGAAAAGGAUAAAAAAGGAUUACCCCUGUGGCAGUGGAUGAGCAUUCAGGACAGGGUUGCUUUUAUCGCUGUAAACAAAAAAAGGGAAAACUCCUCAUUUGCUGGUGGUCAGCUGCCUGUCCAGUCGAAAGCACACAGCUGCUUUAGAGAUGCUGUGAUGAGAGAGAGGGACCAAGAGAGGAAGAGAGCGAGGGAGCGAGAGAAAAAGAAAGGAAGGAAACGGAGAGACCAUAAAGAUGCUAAACAGAGGACGAGAGCUUGUUUGUGAGGCAGUGCGAUUGAUGGGGCUGAGUGAAGGUGAAACGCACUGAGACAUGCUGCGGGAAUAGAGAGAAGAGAGAGAGAGAAAGAGGAGGGAGUGCAGAGAGAGAGAGAAAAAGAGAGAGAGAGGAGAGAGAGAGAGCUCUGCAGUGUGCUACAAGGACAGUGUGCAUCAGCACUGGUCCAGCGGACAUCGCCCUGCUGAGGGUGUUUGUGGAGACGGAGAGCCGUGACGAAGCCCCUUCAGAGGGCACCAGGAACAGGACACCUUAAUUGACACGAGGGCUGCAAUGAUGACAACAACGACAACGAUGAUGAUGAUGAUGGUGAUGAAGCACAAAUAAGCCUGAGAUCCACGCCGCGUAGACCCCCGUCGCUUCUUCCUGUCCAGUGGCAACGCCGCUCCCGCCGAGCCCAGCGCAGAUGACCUGGAACAUGGGGGACACAGCCGAGUACCAGCGGCUCCCCAGCGACGACGACGAGAAGCUGGGGAGUAGCAUGCAGUGUGAGGAGGGCACAGAAUGGCUGCUGGAGCUCCUGAUGGAGGUCCAGCUCCAGCAGUACUUCCUGCGGAUCCGCGACGACCUCAACGUCACUCGGCUCUCGCACUUUGACUACGUGAAGAAUGAAGACCUGGAGAAGAUUGGCAUGGGCCGACCCGGCCAGAGGCGACUGUGGGAGGCCGUCAAACGCAGGAAAACCCUCUGCAAGCGCAAAUCCUGGAUGAGCAAGGUGUUCAGCGGGAAGCGGCUGGACGGGGACUUCCAGCCGCUGCCGGCCACCACCUUCCGGAAGCUGUCGCCCACGGCGCCGCCGCUGGAGGUCCAGCAGCAGCAGGCGCUCACGUGCCUUAUCAGCGAGAAGGACCUGGGCUUGUUCGAGAAGCUGGGCGACGGCUCGUUCGGCGUGGUCAAGCGCGGCGAGUGGCUAACCCCCUCCGGGAGAGUGAUAAAUGUGGCGGUGAAGUGUCUGAAGACAGACGUGCUGAACCAGCCUGACGCCUUGGACGACUUCACCCGCGAGGUCAACGCUAUGCACUCUCUGGACCACCAGAACCUCAUCCGCCUCUAUGGCGUCGUCCUCACACACCCCAUGAAAAUGGUGACGGAGCUGGCCCCUCUGGGCUCGCUGCUGGACCGGCUGCGUAAGCACCAGGGCCACUUCCUCAUCUCCACGCUGUGCCAGUACGCCAUCCAGAUCGCCAACGGCAUGGCCUACCUGGAGUCCAGGCGCUUCAUCCACCGCGACCUGGCCGCGCGCAACAUCCUGCUGGCCUCCGGCGAGCAGGUCAAGAUCGGCGACUUCGGCCUGAUGCGGGCGCUGCCCCAGAACGACGACCACUACGUCAUGCAGGAGCACCGCAAGGUCCCCUUCGCCUGGUGUGCUCCUGAGAGUUUGAAGACGCGCACCUUCUCUCACGCCACUGACACCUGGAUGUUUGGAGUGACACUGUGGGAGAUGUUCACGCAUGGACAGGAGCCCUGGCUUGGCCUCAAUGGCAGCCAGAUCCUCCAUAAGAUUGAUAAGGAGGGGGAGCGUUUGCCUAAGCCAGAGGACUGCCCUCAGGACAUCUUUAACGUCGUGCUGCAGUGCUGGGCCCCCAAGCCUGAUGACAGACCCACCUUUGUAGCCCUGCGAGAGUUUCUGGUGGAGACCAUGCCAACAGAUAUGAGAGCUCUUCAAGAUUUCGAUGAGCCAGACAAGCUGCAGAUUCAAAUGGAUGACGUCAUCACCAUCAUUGAGGGCAGAGCUGAGAACUACUGGUGGAGGGGUCAGAACAAGCGGUCGCUGAAGAUGGGUCAGUUCCCCAGGAACACGGUGACCUCGGUGGCCGGCCUGUCAGCCCAUGACAUCAGUCGUCCUCUCAAGAACAGCUUCAUUCACACGGGCCACGGGGACACCAACCCCCAGCGCUGCUGGGGCGCGCCCGACAAGAUUGACGAUCUGUAUUUAAGUAACCCGAUGGACCCACCAGAUGUGCUGGGCCUGGACCUGAACACAGCCAGACCCACACAGCUCCCUGGAAGAGCGAGAAAGCCCUGUUACGACGCCGUGGCGGAGGACGAUGAUGUGAGCGUGUCAGGUCUGAGGAAGCUGUCCCUGAAAAAGCCCGCGGUGAAGGGCCUCAAGCUGAAACCAGCCGCGUGGGUCGCGGCUACCAAGUUUGGGGAGCGCUCCCCGUACGGAGUGAGGACGCCCGGAGGGGGCCCGUUCACCGAGGUGUCGCUCAUAGACUUUGGGGAGGAGUUCCCCCCCGCCACGCCGUCGCCGUCCCCCGUCAUGGACGCCCACGUGGCCUCUCUGGCCAAGCUGGCCCUGGAGGCCGAGUCCCUCCUGGACCGGACCCCGCCUCAGAGCCCGUCGCGGUCUCUGCCCCGGCCCUUGCACCCGACCCCCGUGGUGGACUGGGACGCCCGCCCCCUGCCCCCGCCGCCGGCGUACGACGACGUGGCCCAGGACGAGGACGACAUCGAGGUGAGCUCCAUCAACGGCAUGGACCCCGACGAGCCGGGUCAGGGUCAAGGUCACGACUACGGACACAACGGCGGCUCGCCCGGCGGAGAGGGCGCGGACGAGCCGAGCCGCGUGGAGGACAACCUCUUCCUGCCGAGCCGGCACGCCCAGGGCUCCAACUUCUCGCAGUCGGCCGAGAUCUUCCAGGAGCUGCAGCAGGAGUGCAUGAGGAGGCUGAACGUGCCCCGGGGCACGGGCGCUCCGAGCGCCGCCACGAGCCCCAGCCCCGACGUCCACCGGCAGAUCGUGCUGUCCGCCGCCGGCUCCGACGAGCGACCCCAGAUCCCGCCGCGCGUCCCCAUCCCACCGCGCCCGUUGCCCAUCAAACGCGGCACGGACUUCGCCCGCUGGUCCGGCGAGGUGCCGGCCGACGACGAGCAGCAGGAGUGCCCGCCUCAGAUCCCUCCGCGGGAGCCGCUCUCGCAGCCGGGCUCGCGCACCCCCAGCCCCAUGCCCGCGCUCCUCGUGGGCUCCCCCCAGCUCCGAGGCCUGGCCCUGGGCACCGCCGCCAGCACCACUGGCUCCACCUACCUCUCCACCUCCCCGGGCAAACUCAUGCCCACCACGCAGAGCUUCGCCUCCGACCCCAAGUACGCCGCACCCAAGGUCAUCCAGGCCCAGGGCAAGGACAAGGAGGCGGGCAAAGGGCCCUGCAUCCUGCCCAUCGUGCGCGACGGCAAGAAGGUCAGCAACACGCACUACUACCUCCUGCCCGAGCGGCCGCCCUACCUGGACCGCUACGACAAGUUCCUGAAGGAGGCGGACGGGCCGGACGAGCAACGGCGGCAGCUCAACACCGCCACCGUCAGGCCCAUGGUGCAACUGCAGCCCCAGCCCCAGCAGCUGCAGCAGGGCGAGUUCAAGGUGAACUUCUCGUCCAACAACAACAGCACCCUGGCAGGCGGAGGCGCGGGCAGAGGGACGGUGAAGAGCUCUCUCGGCCUGGUGAGGCUGGGCACCGAGGGGCCGGCCGCCGGGACCACCACCGACCGCGUCCGACAGGUGCAGGAGGCUGUGCACGGGGUGACCAUAGAGGAGUGCCAGGCGGCCCUACAGAAUCAUGGCUGGAACGUGCAGAAGGCCGUGCACUACCUGAAGGUGGAACAACUCUUCUGCCUGGGGCUGAAGUCCCGAGUGGAAUGUCUUAACCUCCUGGAGAUGUUUGACUGGAACUUGGAGAUGGCGAGCACGCAGCUGCUGGACUCCUACGGUGCAGUGAAGCAAAGGCGAUGACGAUCCUCCAGACUGAAUGGUGGGGUCGUGUCCCCCCUCAUGUUCUCCAUGUGGUCCCAACCUGCCGGAGGCGGCCACUGCUGUGAGGCUGUCUUCUCUUCGCUGGCCGGCGUGGGCCGCCAGCACGAGACGUUUGGACUUGGGGUGCCCCUACCCCGCCGCGAGCAUCAGAGGAUGACCAUCCAGCACACUGCCUGCCACCUCCCUCCCUCACAAGGCUGUUGGUUCACUCUGCACAAUUGUGUGUGUGUGUGUGUCUGUAUGUGUGUCUGUGUGUCUGUGUGUGUGUGUGUGUGAGAGCAAGAGAGAGAGGGGGAGAGGGGUACUGCUGCGACUGUCGGGUGUGUUCUUCUGUGUGUGUCAAGAGUCUCCCCCACUGAGUCCGGCCCCCUGCUGCAGGGCAGUCGGCGCUCUGCUGCGCUCCGGCACCAAGCAAAGUUUGACCAGCCCAGUUUCUGGUCCCGGGAGGAGAUUAGUACUGAAAUCCAGAACAGCUGGUCCACUUGAUUUGACCUGUUUUUCCCCUGCCUUUCAGAGAUGUACAUGUUCUGCAGGAGAGAGAUUUACAGAGAUUUAUAGGAGUAUGUCUGUUCAUAUAUAAAUAUGUGAAGGUAAUCUUUGGUUUUGAGUUUAUUUGCAUCGUAUGCGUUCUGAUCAUCUGUCUUUUUAAAAGUACGACAAUUUAUCUGGUGUAUUGUGCAAAAGACGACGCUAGUCUAAUGGAAGUGUUAAGUUAUAACGUUGAAACGUUUUUAUUUGGUGUGAUUUUGUAUGUGAGGAGCCUGUCUGUUGGACUGUGCUCCGUGUUGUGCUCUGUUUCCACGCUGCUCCUGUAACCUGAUGCACUCCUCUCUCUCUCGGCGCCGACAUCUCCCAACUCUCAACUCCUCCUCUCACGCCCUUGCUUCAUGUCCCCCCCCCCCACCUGCCAAUCGUAACUCCUCGGUUACUUAGGGUUGCUCUUCCUAUUUUGCAGUAUUAAUAUUUGUACACAAAAGCACAGAUCAAAUGCCAGCAUUGUUCUAUUGGUAUGUUCUACCGAAGUAUGUCCAAGCACAAUAAUAAUCAUUACGACUACAAACGAGCUGUUCACUUUAGUUUUCGUUGCUGUUGCACAAGAGGCUGUCUGUUUCCCUCAUUACAUAGCCUUACCUGUCUCAAUAACUGUUAUAUUGACUUUACUUUUAUAUUUACACUCUCAGUGAAUCCCACAAAUGCCCCCCCCCCCCCCCCCCAACAACCUCUGCAAUGAUGCCUAGCCUAGCAUGCUCUGUGUGCGAGUAGCUUUAGCCCUGCCUCCGGUGCGCUCUCCUCCUGGUGGGUUUAAAUGUCAGCUCUUGGGGAGAGGAGGUUGCGCUGACCCGUGGAGGCCUCCAUCUUAUCUCAUCAACUGCUAUUAUUCUGCUGGGGAAGGUGAACGAGGGGCCGCGCCGAUGGUGCCGGCGCUCCGCUAACCUGCCGCCCUGCUCUGCUCUGACAAACGGACCGGCCUGGCUUCCUCAGCUUCCUGAGCCGUCCAGCUCUGAGUGUGUGUGUGUGUGUGUCUCUGUGUGUGUGUGUGUCUGUGUGUGUGUGCGUCUUUGUUCACAUUUUCUGUAGAAAAUGGCUGAAAUGAUUGUCCGUGCUGAACACUUCUGAGUAGAAGAUAGCAUUGCCUGCCCGCUGUAAAUGCAGUGACCUGUGUGUGUGUGUGUGUGUGUGUGUGUGUUUGUGUUUGUCAGUCUCACUUCCUCUGUGUGCAUGGAAGGGCUCUCUAUGUUUCCUGACUUGACCAAAUAGCCUCGACAGGACACUGAACAAGAACGCUGCUUCCAUCUCCAGAACAACCACCAACUUGCUUCCAUUGAUGGCAAGGAAUUGUAUGUGUGUGUCCUUUUGCGUAUUUGAUACCCUUGAUUGGAGAGUUAUUAGGGGGAAAGUGAAACCUUGUCUCAGUCUUACCUGAUCCUCAUUUUGAUAUGUACCAAGCUGCUGUUGUAAAAGUACUGAAAUGACCUUGUGAUGUCACCCAGCAUUUGCCUUUGUUUUUGUCUGUGCUUUGUUGUAUUUUCGUCCUUUCUCUGCAGCCUGUAAUGCCUUGUGUCUCAAGUGUUUUGUUCUGAAUGGUUGUACAAAUUAUUUUCCUGGGUGUCUGAUUGUGACAUAGUUCUGCCAUUUUGAAAAUGUAUAAAUAUUUACAUAUAAAUGUAUUUUUUAUUAAAAUAACUAUUUUUUAUCAUU